AUGAAGGGCUUCACCACCCUCUCUUUGGCCGCGUCGGUCUUGGCCGUCCAGGCUGUCAGCCCACCCCGGGGCACUGGCUUCCCAAAGACGAACGGCACACGUCUUCUCGCGUUCAAUGAGACCGUGCCGAGUACGCGUAUCUCUCCCAGUUCGGUUUCUCUUGCCUGGGUCGAUGGAGAAACCGACGGCAGCUACAUUUCGUCCGACUCUGACGGUGCACUCAUUAUUUCGAACGCGGUGACCGGCGAGAAUUCCACGUUUGUAUCCGCUGAUCAGGUGCCGGCGGACAGCUAUGAUUACUGGAUCAGCAGCGACUCCAGCAGGGUCCUCUGGGCUACCAACUACACAAAGCAGUACCGUCAUUCGUACUUUGCAGACUACUACAUCCUGGAUGUCCAAAGCGGCGCCCUCACCCCGCUUGUUGAGGACCAGGUUGGCGAUCUCCAGUAUGCUGAGUGGAGUCCCACUGGUGACCGGAUUGCUUUCGUCCGCGGCAAUGAUCUUUAUCUAUGGGCAGACGGCGAGGUGACAAGAAUCACACACGACGGUGGCCCCGACACAUUCAAUGCCGUCCCAGAUUGGGUCUACGAAGAAGAAAUUCUUGGCGACCGCUAUUCACUCUGGUGGAGCCCCGACGGAACCAAGAUCGCUUUCCUCAGCUUCAACGAAACCGGAGUUGGCACCUUUACUGUAUCCUACUACGCCGCGAACACUCAGUAUGGGCCGUCCUAUCCGCGCGAGCUCGCAAUUCGAUAUCCCAAAGUUGGCACGAAGAAUCCGACAGUUCUGUUCAACCUGCUUGAUGUUGAGGACUCGACCGUUACGAACAUUCCCAUCGACGCCUUUGGCGCUGAUGACCUCAUUAUUGGCGAGGUCGCCUGGGUCACAGAAGACAGCUCAAAUGUUCUCUUCCGCGCAUACAACCGAGUGCAGGAUGCCGAGAAGAUCGUGAACGUCAACGCUCAGGAUGCCACGAGCUCAGUCAUCCGAGAGCGGACUGAAAGCACGGGAUGGCUCGACAACAACAUUGCUAUUCAGUAUAUCGGCGCCCUGGGUGGCAACGGGAGCACCAACGGCACGUACCCAGCUGACUCGAGCUACUAUCUUGAUCUCUCUGAUGAAUCUGGAUGGGCACACAUCUACCUCUUCCCUGUGAGCGGAGGAUCCCCCAUUCCACUCACUUCGGGCGAAUGGGAGGUUCGCUCAAUCCUCAAGGUUGAUAGCACCCGCGGUCUCGUGUAUUACACUUCGACCGAGCGCCACUCAACCGAGUCACAUCUGUACGUCGUCAACUACCGCACCGGAGCGAAGCGGUCCCUUGUGGAUGACACUGUGCCUGGCUACUGGUCAGCCUCUUUCUCCACGGGCGGGUCAUACUACCAGCUUUCUUACCAGGGUCCGGAUGUCCCAUACCAGGAGCUGUACAGCAUUAAUAGUACCACACCCCUUCGCACUCUUGAAGACAACGCAGCAUUCAUCGUUCGCAUUAACGAGUAUCGCCUACCCGAGAUAACAUGGUUCGAGCUCGACCACCCUGACGGCUCGAAGCUCAACGUGUAUCAACGUUUGCCCGCAAAUUACGACCCCAACAAGAAGUAUCCGGUGCUUUUCAACCCUUACGGAGGCCCUGGUGCGCAGAACGUCAACAAGGCGUGGAAAGCAUUGAACUACAACGCAUACGUCUCAUCCGACCCAGAACUCGAGUAUAUCCAGUGGGUCGUUGACAACCGCGGAACGGGCUACAAGGGCCGUGCGUUCAGAGCACAGGUGACGGGCCACCUGGGCGACCUUGAGGCGCAAGAUCAAGUUUGGGCUGCGCAGCAGAUCAUCGAGAGGCUGCCCUCUGCAGAUGCGAACCACGUUGCCCAUUGGGGCUGGUCAUACGGCGGGUACCUCACCUCCAAGGUUGUCGAGCUCGACAGCGGCGUCUUCACGCUCGGACUUAUCACCGCGCCUGUUACGGACUGGCGGUUCUACGACUCGAUGUACACAGAACGGUACAUGAAGACACCGGAAUUGAACGGGGCAGGCUAUAACGCCUCUGCUGUGAGGAAGACGGAUGGCUUUAAGAAUAUCGCUGGCGGAUUCCAGAUCACCCACGGUCUUGGCGACGACAACGUGCACUUUCAGAAUACCGCUGUGCUCACCAACAACCUGAUGGGUCAAGGUGUGAGCCCGGAGAAGUUUGAUGCAGUGGUCUUCAGCGACUCCGAUCACAAUAUUAGGUAUAACGGCGAUGGGGUCUUCCUGUAUAAGACGCUGACAAAGAGGCUUUGGGAAGAGAAGAAGCGCGUGCCAGGUCAGGCUCCGGCGAUCCAUCAAUGGAGCAGGAGGAAGGAUGGAGUGGUCGAAGUGGCGUUCAAAGCGUAA